UUGCCAGCAGGAGCUGGUGCGUCUUUUAAGAUGUGGAAAGCAGUCGUGGGACACGACGUGUCAGUGAAGGUUGAGGCUCAGGGAGACGACUGGGACACUGACCCCGAUUUCGUGAACGACAUCUCCGAGAAGGAGCAGCGCUGGGGAGCCAAAACCAUCGAGGGCUCCGGACGCGCCGAGCACAUCGAUAUCCAUCAGCUGAGGAGCAAGGUGUCAGAGGAACAUGAGGUCAUCAAGAAGAAGGAGCUGGAGACUGGCCCCAAGGCCUCCUAUGGCUAUGGGGGCAAAUUUGGAACAGAGCGGGACCGAAUGGAUAAGAGCGCAGUGGGCCAUGAGUACGUUGCUGAUGUUGGGAAGCACUCCUCGCAGACGGAUGCAGCCCAGGGCUUUGGGGGGAAGUAUGGAGUCCAGCGGGACCGAGCUGACAAGUCAGCACUGGGCUUUGAAUACAAGGGUGAGGUGGAGAAACACUCGUCCCAGAAAGAUUACUCCAAGGGCUUUGGUGGCCGUUACGGUGUGGAGAGGGACAAAGUGGACAAAGCGGCAGUGGGAUUUGACUACAAGAGCCAGGCAGAGAAGCACGACUCUCAGAAAGACUAUUCUGUGGGCUUCGGUGGGAAGUUUGGGGUCCAGAGGGAUCGUCAGGACAAGAGUGCCCUUGGCUGGGACCAUCAGGAGGAAGUGCAACCCCAUGCAUCCCAAACAGACUAUGCCAAGGGGUUUGGAGGCAGUUACGGGGUCCAGAAAGACAGAGUAGAUAAGAGUGCUGCUGGCUUUAAUGAGAUGGCAGCUCCCACCUCCUCGUACGAGAAAACAAGACCACUGGAGGCAGGAGCUUCCAGUGGCACCAGCAUCCUGCGGUCACGAUUUGAAAACAUGGCUAAGUCAGCAGAGGAGGAGAGCAGAAGGCAGGCAGAGGAGGCCCGGGUGAGGCGGCAGGCUCGGGAGUGCCAGGCAGCUCAGCGGAAGGAGGCAAAAAAGGAGGAUGAGGAAACACCACCCACUUUGCCACCAAGGCCAGCAGAUCUGGGUGAAGAGCUAUGCAAGAUCCCCAACCAGGAUCAGCCCAUCUACAGUGAAAGUUUGGAUGUCGGUGAAGACUAUGAGGAGCUGGUAGAGCCCUCUGACUACUGUGACAGUACCAAUGGAGGUGCUGACUAUGAGGAGCUGCCAGCACCCUUGGGAAAGCUGGAUGCCAUCUAUGACCAUGGAGGAGAUGGAGGUGAGGACUAUGAGGAGAUCCUUCCUGAGGAGCCCAGCCAGAGCCAGCCCCACCUGGGGAAAACGGACAAUGUUUAUGAGGUGGAGAGCCCUGGGACCUGUGCAGUGGCUCUCUACGAUUACCAAGGAGAUGGAGAUGAUGAGAUUUCUUUUGAUCCUGAUGACACAAUCACACACAUCGAGAUGGUAGAUGAAGGCUGGUGGCGGGGGCAGUGCCGGGGCAAAGUAGGCCUCUUUCCAGCAAAUUAUGUGAAGCUUCUGCAGUGAAACCAGCAUUGUCCAAGCUGCUUCCUUCCAAACUUUUGCCUCUCUCUGCUUCAGCCUUUUACGUGUUGUUAGCUUAAUUUGGCUCGGCCUGGCAGCAUCUGAGGAAAUGUUUUGGCCUGUGCCCAAGAGGACUUUUUGGUUCCCAUCCACUUCUAGACGGGAAAGGUGGGAUGGUUUAAGAGCAUGUAAGUGCAAUAUAAGACGUCUUUUGUACCUAGGCUGUCCCACAUGUCAACCAGCAAGCUUGCAGAAGUGUGUCCAUUCCUGUUCCCAACAGGGCAAUGCACAGAAAAGAAACAUCAACUCUAAUCCAGUCAAGGCAGAAGGGACAUGAGCUAUGGGAGCUUUUUAAGUUGCUGUGGCCCUGGAUCUCAUCCUACCCAGGGGUGAAAGAAAAGAGCACUGUGGAGGCCAAACUUGCCUUUGUUCCCAAGAAGGGUUUCCACUUGCAGGAUUAACUGUUUGCAGCACGAGGUAGAGAAACAUGAACCUGGUCUGUCUGGGCAGAUUUCAGGACUGGGGCCUGGGAACAUUUGACCAUCACAGUGAACACUGCUGACUUUUCCUGCACAUAGACAGAAGCUUGGCUGUAGCGAGCUGUUCCAUUAAACAAGUGUGUGCUGGCUCAAUGAAAAUGUAGGAUGAUCUUGCUAAGGUAGGAGAUUACUUGCUUGGUUUUCCUCUGUGUGCCAAGAAUGCUGUUGGGAGAUGUGUCAUUUCUGGGGUAAACCUUGAAAAAGGAAGUGUAAAAAUUAGAUUAUUUUCUGAGAAAAAUUAUUCUGGAAAAUCUGUCUUGGAGCAAAAGAAAAAUAGUAAAAGGCUUCACUUAACAAAGAGUAUGUUAAUAACUGUCUUGGUCCUCACCCAGGCAGCCCAUCAGAAGACUGUUCUGCUAGCGAAAUCCUUUCAAUCUAGCAAAUUAAUCAGAAUAAGUGCUGCUUGAUACAGGCAGUAGGAUAUUUUUAAGAGAGCUCCAUUUUCCCUGUUAACUGCUCUGACAGUAUAAAUAAGGAUACACAUUCAGGUGGGGUGGGAAGAGCAGUCCCAUGGCUUGUCUCUAGCCUAAGGGCUCCAGUGUACUUUGCAGUCAGUGCUAAAGGUAGGUUCCCCCAUCCAGUAUUUGGCUCAGCCUGUUCUCUCUGCUGUUGGGUGGUUUGAGUCCCGAUGCUGAAGUCAGGCCUCCCCAGUGUGGCAGUAAAAUCGUUAACGCCUCUUAGGCCUUUGCAGGACUCACUAGUUACAAACUAUUUGCCGGUAAUGGUCUCACCAGUUUGAUUAACAAAGAAGUGAAUUAUUUGUUAAAGGGUAUGCUGGCUAGAGCCUCCUUAUCUGAAGAAUGCUAUUGUUAUUUACAAUAUCCUGCUUAUCUGACACAGUUUGGUGAAGAAUGAGUUGCAUAACCUAAAGGUAUAUAAAGUCUGUAACUGCCCCAUUUGGGCAGAGUUCCUAUCAGCAGUGUCUGUCACUCUGCCAAGCUGCGCUCUCCCUCAUAGCUGUAGUAAUAAACUGCUUCUGUUCUGG